AUGUGUAGAUUUACAAAUGAGAGAGAGUCGACAAAAUUAGCGACUGAUGCGCAUAAUCAACAAAAUGGUUGUCCUGAGCACAGAGAGCUACAAAUUGAACCAUUACGACCACAAAAUGGCUCAAAAUAUCAUGGAAUUUUUCAUGCAAUCAAAUUAAUUCAUCGAGAAGAAACUUUCAGAGCAUUUUGGAAAGGACAUGUUGCAGCACAAAUAUUAUCCGUUUCUUACAAUGUUGCUCAAAUAUACACAUUUGAAAAAGUUACGAAGAAAAUGACCUAUUUGUUUCCAGAAAAUUCAUCAUCUACCAAAAAAGUAUUGAUACAUUUCACAUGUGGUGCAAUAGCUGCAGGAAUAGCGGUAUGUUCUUGUCAACCAAUGGAUGUGUUACGUACAAGAUUUAUUGGUCAAGGAGAGCCUAAAAUUUACAAAAGUUAUUUUCAUGCUAUUAAAACUAUUUGGAUACGUGAAGGAAUUCGAGGUUUCUACCGUGGUUUGAUACCGGCUAUCGCAUUGUAUGCACCAAUUUCAGCAUUAACAUUUGGAUUCUAUGAAACACUUAAUCAUGGAUGGUUAUUACUUGAUCUUAAUCGAUCCUCUGAAAUAGGACCACUACAAAGUUCAAUUAACGGUGGACUUUCUGGUCUCAUAUCAAAAUUAACGGUUUAUCCAUUUGAUGUUAUUAAAAAACGUUUAGAAGUACAAUGUUUUGAAGAAGCACGUUCUAAAUUUGGUCAAACGCGUAUUUAUCAUGGAGUAUGGCAUUGUUUUCGAGAUAUUGGAGUUAAUGAAGGUAUUCGUGGUUUAUAUAAGGGUUGUAUACCAAGUUUAGUAAAAGCAUAUCUUUCAACGGGAAUUAUAUUGACAAUUUAUGAACAAAUUAGUACUUUACUACGGGUCACAUAUCCUCCUGGCCCCAAAAAAAAGAAAAAAGAAAAAACAAAUAAUGAUGCUGUGCCAUCAUCAUUGAAUCCAAAAGUGAAAAAUGAACGAAAGAACUUAACAGCCCACAUCUCAAAACGAUAUAGUGAAAUAUGUUCGCCAAAAAGUACUAAUCAUAGACGUUAUAAACCAAAUAUUCUUACUGCUGCGAAAUUAUCACGAAAAGAAAGUGAAAAAUGUGUAGUCAUAUCAGCCGGCGAGGAACAUCCUGUAGUUAAUCGAAAAAAUCAUAAAUUAAAAAAAAUUCCAUUAUCCAAUGUUAGUUCUCGAAUAUCGAUGGUGAAAAAUGAUGGAUGUGAAAAACAACAACAAUUUUCAAUCAAAAAUGAAAAUAUUAACGAUAUUGUUAGAUCAACAAACACAAAAGAACUCGAUUAUGACAAUAAUAAUAAAAUCAUCGCUCGACAGUAUAGUUGUAAGCGUUUAUCGGCUAAUGCUGAAGCACUAGGAAAACGGAUGGAACUCGCCAUUGGUCAAGAAAUGAUGUACUCAAUUAAAAAUUCAUUGUCGUUAGAGAGAAAUUUUCACUAUCAUAGUGGAAAGGCUGAUACGUCACAAAAUAUGUCAAAACAACGAGAUUUAGAUAAUAAUCUACGAGCAAAUAAUUAUGUGCUAAUGAAUCGUUCAAAAUCAUUUAAUGUCACUGGUACAACAACGAAAGGUGAACAACAUAUCAUUCCAAGAAUAAGUCAUAAUACAAAUCUGUAUGGUUUAACUGAGGUAUCAAAAGAAAGAAGUUCACUUGAGCCAUCACCUGAUUACGAUGUAACAGAUAAUAAUAAUAUUGUUCGAACAGUAAACUGUGAACAAGAAGCGGAACCUUUACCUGACUAUGAAACCAAUGACAAUGUAAGUAAUGUAUGUAAACAACAAAUAUGUAUGUCAGUCAAAGAAAUUGAUGAGUUUGAACAAACACAUUCAUCAAAGAGAUUAACAUUUGAGGAUUCAUCAACUGCAUCUCAACUACUCAAAUCAUCCACAUUUUUCCUUGACAAUGAUUAUGAUCACGAUUCACUUCAAACAGUUUCACAGCGAAAAGAUUCUGAUUUAUUAGAAAAAGCACCUGAAUCAUCAUUAACUUCAGUUGAACAAUGCCAAAAUUCAACACCGCCGAUUGCGCCACCCUUCCCUGAAACAUUAAUUCGAGCAACAUUGGAUAGUAAUGUUCGAUGUCGGACAACAGCUGAUACAAUAAUGUCAUCAAGAUUGGUAUUUAAAGAGAAAAAACGUUCAUGUGUAUCUGAAAUGGCUCCUAAUUCCCCAGGAGAUGGUUUGAAUCAUGCAGACAAACAACCAAUGAUUACUAAUGAAAACGGAGAUUCUCGACCACGUUUAUAUACCUCGACGUCAAAACAUUCAUCGUUCUCUACUACGAAAACCAGUUCUUGUACACAACUAGACGGGAUGAUGUCUAACAACAACAACAAUUAUUUUCGUAUAUCGAAAGAGAUUCUUGAACGGACAACACUACGGAAAGUAACACCGUCCAUUUCAAAGCCUUAUUCGUCGUAUGGCUCUGUAUCUCAACUUAAUCUCCAAAAUGAAACAGUAUCCACUUCAUUGUGGCCGAUAUCACAGACAUCAGACGAUAACGUACAAGAAGAAGAGAAUUCUUGCCUUAAGAGUAGUAAAUACGAUUAUGACUACGAUCAACAGUCUUCAAAAGUCUACUCUGAAUAUAAGAAACGUACAUCACUUGUAAUACCCAGUCCUAUCGUUCACCCAAUACAUUCGCGAACAAAUUUUGUGUCAAUGUCAUUAGAUCAUCAAAAUGAUCGAACAAAUAAUUCAUCUGAAAAAUGUGGACCAUCAGUAGCUGUCAUUAAUCAAUUAAACGAACAUUUUUCAUUACGAUUUAAACAAUCUCAUUCCAGUUCUGUAUCAACAACGAGUGCUUGUUAUGAUCAGUCUUCUUAUGGACGAGUAAACACACCACAACCGAUUUAUGUUGAAGCAAAUGAACGUGAUAGUGCUGUAUCAUCUACAAGUGAUAUAUCAAAUGAUUGUAAUCUUAUAUUGCCACCGCCCCCUCCACCUUUGCCUGCUGGUGGUUUUAGAGCCGUUCCAUCACAGAUAAAUCGAAAUUCUCAACAAAGUAAUUAUUCACAACGAAUGUCGAUGACGUUUCCCCACGACCGUGUGCCAUCGGAAAAUGGCACAUUCACAUCAUCGAUGUCGACAUCAAGUAAACUAUCUGAUACGCGAAUUUUGCAAGAAAUAACGACAAAUCCAUUAUUCAUUAAAGCAAAAGAAGAACUUGAACGAUCAUCAACGCAAACUGUGACUAAUGGUACAUAUUUUCCGUCUAAAACUAACAGUUCAUCGAAAACAGUAUUAAACGACGCUUCUCUAAGUUUAAAUCAUAUUGAAACAUCAACAUCAAAAAGUAUUCCUUCAACAACAAAAAUGAGACAAAUAUCUCAAGUAGAAAGUAUAACACUUGAUAUUAACGAAUUAAAUUCUGCGUUAACAUUCAAUUUACCGACAAAACGUUCAAAAUCUGAUAGAAUUGUGGAUGCAGAACAAUUAGUGAAUAUCCCAUCAGAUUGCCGUGUAAUAAACAAUUCAUACGAACGAACAACAUCGUCUAAACAUCGAUCUCAAACAUUUAAAUUAGCCUCAACAGUACAAAAAACAAAAAUAACCAAUAAAAAUUCUUUUAAUGAAAAAUUUCUAUCAAGUCAAACAUGUUCAAAUACAUUAGCAGAAACAACAUGUAGAUCAGAAUUAGAAAGAAUAUUUCAAAAACGUGCACUACGGCAUGAUUCAAAUUUAACUUGA